AUCUAUAAAGCGGUGGAGUUCUGUUGUUAGCUCAUAAACAGUAAACACCUGAAAUUUCUAUUCCUUCGUCAAUUUCAAGAGAAAACCUACGCAAAAUGCCUCGCCGUAGCUCCGGUGGAAGAUCUGCCCGCCCGACUCCUCGUGCAGCUCCAGUACGGAAUCCACCUCAACCAGUUCGUCAAGCUCCUCCUCCAGCUCCUGUUCAAAGUGGGCAUGGUGGAUCUAUGCUUGGAGCCAUUGGCUCAACCAUAGCCCAAGGUGCGGCUUUUGGUACUGGAAGCGCUGUUGCACAUAGGGCAGUGGAUGCUGUUAUGGGUCCACGAACAAUUCACCAUGAAGGGGUCGUCUCUGGAGCUAUUGCACCAUCUACUGCACCCGACAUGAGGGCAUCUGAUGCUUGUAAUGUGCAAUUCAAAGCUUUCCAGGAUUGCCUGAAUAACUAUGGAAGUGAAAUCAGCAAGUGCCAGUUCUACAUGGAUAUGUUGGCUGAUUGCCGCAGAAGCUCGGGCUCGAUAAUGAGUUCCUAAAUACAUGGGAAUUUGAUUUUCGUAUGUUCCUAAAAUAAGAUGUUCAUGUUAGUUAGUAUAAGCUGGUAAUUGUAUGGACUGGUGGUUUCUACUACCUCUAUGUUCUUUUUCGUCGUCGUUUGAUGUUUUGAGUAUGAUCAUUUGAAUUUUGAAAAUAAUAAAGUUAUGGUACAAUGUUGCUUA